CACACACACGCAUUCUGCCUUCACCACUUUCAGGUUGUCAAUGGGAAGAGUCCGUCCCGUAAGUGGAGACGUGGAAAACAGCUGCCCCCGUGGUGUAGGAAAAGUAGCACCAGUGCUUUGCUAUUGAACCCCCGAAUGUGUGUUUUCCGUCGUGAAAACGUGAACAGUGAAUAAACCUAAACGCGUCACGGUGGUGCUUCCUUGCGAGUGAGUGUGUGUCGGCGGGUUUUGUGUUCGAGAGAUGGCGGAGAAACGACGUGCCAAGAAGCGAAAGGAUGAAUACAGCGGUCCCGGAGGCGCAGAACAGGAGAUCGAGAAAGCUUCCAAGGAUGAGUACAAGGUGGCAAAAUGGCUCAAAUCGAACGUACCGACGAAAAAGACCAAAUUUCUGAAUCACAAUGUGGAAUACUUUUCUGCCAUCAAAGCAAUCGAUGCACUGCUUGCGUCAAAGUUUGCCCAGGGUGACAACUGUCUCUUUCCGCACCGGCAGGCCGUGAUUGAUUUUAUGGGCGAUAUGCUGUACCACAAGUUUUUCCACCGCGCCCGAAAGGUCCCGGUCAGCGAGCAGGAACUGCGCGGGAAGAACAGCAAAAAGGCGGCCGCAGAGGCCUUGGUGACGGCCAGCUCGGCUAAGGAUGGCUCUAAACAAACGGCGACAAAGGAGGAACGGGCAACCGACGCGGAAAGUAGCCACGCGGAGGGCAGCAAGGCGGUGGCGGAAGCGGUAGCGGAAAAGCGAAAGCGCAAGAUCCGUCUAGAGAUGCACCCGGAGCAGCUGUUUAUCGAUGGGCACGAGGCGUACGUAUGGCUGUACGAUCCGAUCCCGAUGCAUUACUGGAUCUUUGGCGCACUGCUGGUGGUGGGCGCGAUCGUCAUCUGUCUAUUCCCGCUGUGGCCACCGCUGCUGCGAAAGGGUGUGUACUAUCUGAGUAUAGCGGCGGCCGGGUUUUUGGUGUUUAUUCUCGGCCUGGUCGUGUUGCGGUGCAUCCUGUUCUGUCUGGUGUGGGUGGUGACCGGUGGAAAGCACCACUUCUGGCUGCUACCGAAUCUGACGGAAGAUGUCGGCUUCUUUGCCUCCUUCUGGCCACUGUACAAUCAUGAAUACAAGGACGGUCAGAGUGGCACCGAGAAGGGUAGUAAGAAGACGAAAAAACGAAAACGCGACAAGGAUAGUGGCGGCGAAGAGGAGAGUACCACCGCCGGCAAUAUCCCACCGACGAUCGACGAGGUGAAGGAGCGUGACACUGAGGAAAGCGGCAAAUCUUCACCAGCGCCGGCAGCCGAAGGGUUAAGGCAUCGUGGAGCUAAGCAGCAGCAGCAGCAGCCGCAGGAAUCUUCACCAUUGUCUGUCCCACCGGUCACAAUUGCCGAGUCGAUCGACGAGGAGCAAAACUCCGGAACACCGUCGGAAAGUGACUCGGAAGGCUCGCAGCGCUCCUCCACGGGGAAGGACUUUGAGAUGGUCGAGCCGGAUGAGGUGGAUACCUCGUAAAGCAGAACAAGUUAAUCGACAUGCGCGCGUUACAUUUUCAUAUCACCCUCAAUCCACGACUGCAGCAGUACUAGCUGCUUACCAGCUGAAAUGGAUCGGAUAGCAACACCAAUCAUUCUCGUAUCACAUCUGCAAACCAAACUCUGCAAAAGAAAAAAAAACAACAACACCACCACAACCAACACAUGUACACACUGUACGAUCAUCACAUCACGAUUUGCAUCCGCAUCAGCCAAAGUUGUUUCUCCCUUCUCCCCACAACAACUUUCCCGUGUGUGUACAAUAAUCAAAAGCACGCAUGAGAUACGUUGACCAAUGGCCAAAUUCCACCCCACUCCAAAUGUUCGGCGUUUCUGGGGUGAUUUUGAUAGUACCGGCGCGCUGUCAGAAGGCGCGCAUUCGGGUGGCACGGAGUGAAUCUGCGCCCGCGUGCCGUCAGUCGUUUCGCAACCGAUCGCAAUGAUCGUUACGGUGCUUUUCGCGCGAGUUGAAAGCUCCCAGUCCGACCGGUGCAUUCCACACAGCGAGCCAUCAAGACCAUCUCAUUAGCCAAACUCUACUAAUGGACAGUGUUUUAUCUCAUAACGACGGUUUUGGUUUAGCGUAAGUCACUUUGGACCACACUGGGGUCUGCUGUGCUGGGAGCGGGUUAUUGCCGGUUUUAUUACGAAUUUUAUCGGUGCCCUCAAAAGGUGAAUAACAUCAAGCGAAAAUAAUUGAACCUUCUGGUCGUGAUUUCGGAAACAUAUAUGACGCAAUCGUGAGCCUAAAUGUUAAGAGUUAAUUGCAUAGAGAUACAAAAUAAUGGAUCAUUUUUUAGAACACGAAUUUCACCGCACAUUUGUUUAUGGCUGGGAUGGAACUUAAUGCCAGCAGACAAAAAAUCAAAACGAUUCAAACAAAUUACAAACCCAACAAAUUAGAGAUGAAUGAAUGCAUCCCAAUCUUUUCCGCAUGGUUCAAUCGAUUCGGCACCACCCAAAUGCUCGGAAUCUUUCCCACUCUUUGUUAUCAGUGCUCUGCUGGCUGGUGGAGCCAUUGCGUUAUCGGUUCACUUCCGUGCUGAAGCAUUAGAAGAAGCAAACGUAUGUGGUUGGAGGGCGUGAUGGUGUGUGGGGAGGGCUUUUGUUUCGAGCACCAAAAUACAACGAAAACAUUUGGCAGAAACCGCAGGCACAAAAU